UGCAGAUAAACCGUCGCUCUAUCUCCUCUACCGAAAACUCUGUAACAACAAAAACGCGUAAACUCACAUAAAAAGCCUCAUAGGAACUCUCAGAACACUGCAGAACUACAAGGCGUUGCUUGCACGAUCUCUCUCUAUCUCUAUAAGCCUAAAGAAUAAUAAAUAAGAGCGUAGAGAUGGAAAAGAUGUAUAAAUAAAGGAGAUAAGGGCCUGAAAGAAAUAGAGAAGGAUUUUAGGUAUUAAAAGUUCUUUUUAUAUUCCAUUUUGAUGGCUGAAGGAAGUAUCAGUUCAAUGGUGACUCCAUAAAAAUUGAAUUAGACGUGAGAAACAUGGGCAAAAUCUCUUCAGGAAUAUCAGGUUCUUCAUACAAUGGAGGCAAAAUUUAUUCCCAGCAACGUAGAUCAUCCAUUGGAGCAUACGAUGCUAGAUACAAUUCUAGAAGAGUUUCUACCGAGAAACUAGAUUCUGCAAACAAUGAUCAAGAAUCAAUUCCCCAUUAUCUCAGAGCAUCCACGGGUUCUUGCCAUGAUUUCUGUAAAUAUGGCAGGAAACAUGCAUUCGAAGUGAAGGAAAGGAGUAAUAUACCUAAGAGGACAACAAAACCUCCACUCAAUGAGCAAAAUUCUGUAGAGAAAACUAUUCCAGGGGAACAAAAGAAGAAAAUAGUUGUUAAUCACAAGGCUUCAUCAGGUGACAAAUCCCAUUUACCAGAGAAUAAGUCUUCUCCAGUUGCCAAAUCCUUUAUAUCUAAGCCCAAGCCAUCCUUGAAUUCCCAAAGAUACUCCCCAGAGCAAAAGGCUUCACCAGGUAAUAUAACCCCUAUGCAAAGGCACAAGCCGUCAUCUUCCAAGAAAACGCCCUCACCAUAUCCCUUGGAAAUUAUCAAGAGGGAAACUGUGUUGUCCUCUAAAACAGUUGAAGUCACUUCGAAACAAGGUUCCUCAAUUGAUAAUAAUGUACCGGAGAAUGAGAAGACAGAGAACGUGCCCGACAAGCAUUCUCAGUCGGUAACAGUGAGACUAUCCUCUUCCCCUAACACUUCAGAUGGUAUUCAUGGAAUACAAAGAAGAAACAAUGAUGUUAAAACUGGAGGAAAGAUAUUGGCAUCCAAAGCAUCUGUAAAGAAAGCUUUGACUCCUCUGCCUGCUUGUGUGUCCCCCAAACUCUCCCUCUGUAGAACAAUGCCCUUGAAAACAAGAAAAGACAUAAGCUUAAAACUGAUGUCUCCUUUGAAGGAUCGAAAUAGAAUACACAAGCCUGAGACUAAAAGAUCAAGUGAUGAGAAUAUUCCUGAGAAAACCUUGCAUGUUAUCAGAACAGAUGGCCAUGUCAUUCAAUCACAUCCAUCUCCAUCAGCACUUGCUUGUUUGUCACUUGCAAAAUCAUCAUCCUUGUUGUGUCAUGGAGGAGGAGGAGAGACUGAAUACGAUGAAAGUGAAGUACAUGAAAUAAUCUCUGACAGAAAUGACACUGCAGAAGUUGGCGAAGUGAAAUUGGGGAAGGAGAAACACAUUAAGGUUCGUAGGAAGAAUAGUGCAGUUGGUUCUGAAGAUAGAGACGGUACUCCUGUGAAGUUAAAGUUCAUGAGGGGGAAGGUAGUGGACCUCAAAUCUGAUCAUUACAAUCCUAGGAGACUCAAAUUUAGGAGGGGAAGGGUCUUGGUAGAAUACCAAGAUGGCAAGGGUGAUUUGAGAAGGAAAACUUUUAAAAAUGGCACGGUCAAUGAUGACAAAAAUGAAGCAGAUCCUUCUUCUGAGAAGGUCGUUUUAAAGCAUCAAGAUGUGCAGGGGAAGAAAGAUGCACAAGGUUUGUUUAAUAAUGUCAUUGAAGAAACAGCAAGUAAGCUUGUUGAAAGCAGGAAGAGUAAGGUUAAAGCCUUAGUGGGUGCAUUUGAAACUGUGAUCUCUCUCCAAUAAGUAAACCUACUUCACAUGAUGCCAGAUGAGUGGCAAAUUAACUUCCCCUCAUGUUGUUGACAUUGUAAAGGAAUUUACGAGAAUAUGGAAUAUGUUGUGAUACAAUGAGUUCACAACCGUCAAAUAAUUUUAGUACACGGAAUAGAUUUCAUGUGGAUGCUCAUUUAUGGCUGGUUCUGAUGUGGCUUCGGAGCCAUUCCAUGAAGGGUAUGUUUGUUCUUUUCUUCUUUCUUAAUUUUUAGAUGGAAAAUGGACGAAGAAAAAGAGGUGAAUAGGAUUGAAGACUAUGAGUUCUUGACAGUUUGAAUUGUCUUUCUUUGCAUUUCCUCCAUAUUGACAUAGGUUCUGUGGUUUCCUCAAGACAAUUUAUUUGACCUUUUGGUGGCUUAACUUGUGUUCAAGAUCAGGACUGGAUGUACAUCGCCAGAUGAUUGGGGGCCAACCUCCCACUCUCUGAUGCGGUAUUCAUUAGCUUGUCGGCAUUGGAUUUGAUCACGCAACAAGCCCAGGGACUGAUUUGGGGGGACUGGACAGGGCUGUAGUCCCCGAGGUUGUGUUUUUUUUUUUUUUUUUAUUAAAGGAAUAUAUCGUGCCUCAUAUUAAGUCGUGUUA